CCUCUGUUACAUUCGAUCUAAACCACCUUGCCUGUGCACACAUUCAGUCAAUAUUACAAACAAGUAUGGCUAGAACUAAGGAAAUGCUCUCAAAAAACGCUUUAGUGAUUUAUGCUGUUCUCUGGACUGCAUCUGCAGCAACAUUUAGAGGAGGUGCAGUUGCAGAUCCAGUCGUGUCCACUGCGUACGGCAGUUUGAAAGGGCAGCUCUCCUCUGUGAAGGGUACAGACCGAGUCGUUCACGAAUACUUAGGAAUUCCUUUUGCCAAACCCCCUUUGGGAUCACUGAGGUUCUCGGCUCCCCAGCCACCCGAACCAUGGGACAGAAUCAGAGAUGCCACCAACCAACCGGCUAUGUGUCUACAGAACAUGCAGCACACAGCACAGUUAAUGGAGGCUGUCAUGUUGGAGUUUCCAAUGCCAGCCACCUCAGAGGACUGUUUAUAUCUGAACAUAUACACCCCCGGAGAGGCAGUGGCGAAGGAGGCCAGACUGCCUGUUAUGGUUUGGAUUCAUGGUGGGGGCUUCAAAAUGGGUGGAGCCUCCCAGUACGAUGGAUCAGUGCUGGCUGCCUAUGAGAAUGUGGUGGUUGUUGUGAUUCAGUAUAGACUGGGAAUACUGGGAUUUUUAAGCACCAGUGAUGAGCAUGCCCGUGGGAACUGGGGUUUCCUGGACCAAGUGGCAGCCCUGCGGUGGGUUCAGGAGAAUAUCAAGAGCUUUGGAGGGGAUCCCAAUUCCGUGACCAUUUUUGGAGAAUCGGCUGGAGGGGGCAGUGUGUCUGCACAUGUUUUGUCUCCCUUAUCGUCUGGCCUGUUCCACAAGGCAAUAUCUGAGAGUGGAGUUGCAAUUUUAUCAAGCCUCAUCACCACUAAUCCACAGCUUAUAAACAAGAUGUUUGCUAAUGUGACUGGCUGCGAUGACAAGGACUCAGCAACUCUCGUCAAGUGUUUAAGAGGGAAGAAUGAAGAGGACCUUUUGAGGGCAACUAAUACAAUAAAGUUCAUAAACAUUGCAGACACAAUCGAUGGAGUGUUUCUACCCAGCCCGCUUGAAGAGAUCGUGAAAACACAGAAAUUCAACAUGGUCCCCUAUCUGUUAGGAGUGAACAACCACGAAACAGGCUGGCUGAUUCCAAAGAGAUUAUUCCCUCCUGGUUGGGAGGCAGGAGUAGAGAAAGAUCAAGUAAUGGCUGUCAUGAAUAAGAUGUUUACAGCUAAGCUGGCAGUGAACGAGCUUAUUGCUGCUGAAUAUUUCAGAGACACAGAAGACCCAACGAAACUCCGAGACCUGGCCACUGAAAUGCUUGGAGACAUAUUUAUAGUUCUGCCAACUAUUAAUGCUGCCAAGUAUCACAAAGAGGCUGGUGCGCCAGUAUACCUGUACGAGUUUCAGCAUCGCCCCAGUAUCUACAAAGACAAAAGACCCAGCUUUGUGAAAGCAGAUCAUGGAGAUGAGAUUAACUUUGUCUUCGGAGGUUGUUUCUGGAAUGGACAAGUUAAGAUCCCAGUUCCCCUAACCAAGGAGGAAAAGAAGCUGUGUAGGGUGAUGAUGGCGUACUGGGCUAAUUUUGCUAGAAAUGGGACUCCCAAUGGGGAUGGGUUGGUGCACUGGCCAGUCUAUGACAAGAAUGAAGAAUACAUGGCCCUCGGUUUAGAGCAGAAGAGCGGGAAGAAGCUCAAGGGAGACAUCAUGACGUUUUUAACAAACCUCCUGUCUGAAAAAAAUAAAGAAACUAGUGAAGAAAAUGGAGAGCAGAGUGCCUUGUAGAUUAGUCUGUCAGCAGCUCAGCUCAUACAAGGGUUUUAAAAGCAGAACCAUGACGUUUGUUUAAUCAAAUUAAUUACAUAUCAGCACUUUUUUUUUUUUACAAAGAAUAAAUUGUGUUGAGCAGUAAAUGAA